AUGAUUCUGUUAGUUAUGAUCAAUGAAAUAUCAGCAUCUUCAUUUAAUCAAUCAAAGUUUUGUCCAACACCAGCUUGGAAUCCUUUUGGAAUUACUUUUACUAAUGAAACAAUACUUGGGCAAUAUCCUUUCGCUCUUUUUAUCAAUACGAACAAUACAAUUUAUACAGUUAACCAAGAGAAGAAACAAAUCUUAAUGUGGAAUAACAAUAGUAGUAAUCCAAACAAAGUUGUUAAUGUCAAUUUCGACGAAUCAUUGUCCAUCUUCGUUACAAAUAAUGGUGAUAUUUAUUAUGAUAGUGGUGAUUCAAAUGGUCGAGUUGAUAAAUUGAUAUCAAAUACAAAUAGUUCUGUUAAUGUCAUGAAUGUUGAUUCGGAAUGUUCUGGUCUUUUUAUCGAUAUUAAUGAUACUUUAUAUUGUUCAAUGAUUUUUGAUCAUAAAAUUGUGAAAAGGUGGUUAAAUGAUAGUGAAAUGAUAACAACAACUGUAGCUGGAACAGGUAUUAGUGGUUAUGCUUCAAAUGAACUUUCAUAUCCACGAGGUAUCUUUGUUGAUUUAAACUUUGAUUUAUAUGUGGCAGAUUGUGACAAUAAUCGAAUUCAACUAUUUAAAUCCGGAGAAUUAAAUGGAAUAACAAUAGUUGGACGAGGAUCAUCAAAUGACAUUAUUUCACUCUUUUGUCCAUCUGGAAUUGUAUUAGAUGCGGAUAAAAAUCUCUUUAGUGUCGAUCAAUGGAAUCAUCGUAUAAUUCGAUCAGGAUCAAAUCAUAUUCAAUGUAUAAUUGGAUGUAGUGGACAAGGAUCACAAUCCAAUCAAUUAUCCCUUCCAAUAACUCUUAGUUUCGACAUUUAUGGAAACAUAUUUAUUCUUGAUCACUCCAAUCAACGCAUUUAA